AUGGUUAUAAUUGUAUGUAUGUCUGGAAAAAGAAAAUCAGGAAAAGAUUUUACUUGUAUUUUAUUAGCUAAAUUAUUAACAGAUAGAGAUAUAAAUGUUGAAAUUCGUUCUUUAUCUCAUCCACUUAAGGAUGAAUUUGCAAAACUUAAUGAUUUAGAUGGUUGUGAAUUAAAAACAUCUUCACAUUAUAAAGAAAUUUAUAGAAGAAGAAUGGUAAAAUGGGGAGAGGAUCAACGGCGUAUAGAUCCACAUAUAUUUUGUAAGAAAACUAUGGAAAAAUCUAUAAAAUCUGAUGUUAUUAUAAUAAGUGAUUGUCGAAGAAAGUCAGAUAUUAUAUAUUUUCAAGAAACAUAUAGUAAUAGUGUUAUUACAGUAAGAAUGAUUGCAGGAGAAAAAUCACGAACUAAACGCGGGUAUGUAUUUUCAAAGGGAAUUGAUGAUGCAGAGACAGAAUGUGAUUUAGAUGAUUGGCCACGAUGGGAUAUAUUGGUAUUAAAUAAUGAUGAGGAUGUGGAGGAACAAGACUUUCCAUUGGAUGCUUAUUUAUAUAAAAUUGUUGAAUUAGUAAUUGCCAUGAAAAAAAUUAAGACUAGAAGAUAG